GGCUGGUCCAUUCUCCUCGCCCUUCCUUAGUACUCGAGUAACGACCUUCUCUCAUCCCCGUUUACGACUUACGACUCGACUUCUUCUUUCGUCAUGCGUUUCGUUAUCCUUCCAGUCAUCUUCUCUUGCCUUGCGCUGCUUGUCAGCAGUGCACCUGUCUCAGAAUUCUAUAGGGCUCGCGAGAUCAUCGCUCGCUCUGCACCAAACCCUGUUGCUCGCGAGCUCGCGCAUGCCCUACUCACGCUGUACGAGCGCACCACGUCGGACGCAACGAUCAAACUCGGGACUGAGGAGUUCAAGCUGAAGAAGUUGCCAGCCGGCGAGCAAGGCGAAAGCUCCGAAGUCUUCCAGGUCGAAUCGGGACCUCAUGCGGGUGCUUUCGCCAAGAAGAAAGUGACGGAACAAGAAAUCGAGGCCACCAAAGCUGUUGGUGAGGCCAUAACGAGCGGCAAAGACGAGGGCGUCAGUUGGCUCAUCAUCAAGAAGUCACCUGGAAAGGAGCUCGACAAGACGACAAAAUUCGCGGCGGACAAGGCCAACGCUGCCAAGUGCAAGGAGCAUGUCGCCGAGGCAGUCAAGGUCGGAAUCAAGAAGAUCGGCGAGAUUGCGCACAGCAAGGGCUGGUUGCACGACGACCCUCACGUGCACAACAUCCUGUUCGACGACCACCUCACCGAGGCACACCUCAUCGACUGGGGCAAGGCAAAGAAGGUCGCCGUCGGCUCCACUCCCAACCUGUCGUCGCUUCAAGCCGUUAUGGAACAGCAGUUCGCUCACCUGUGCAGGUCCGCUGCUCCUCCGCCUCCUCCUCCCAAGAAGAAGGUCGGCAAGCGGGCGUACGACUUUGAGUACUACUAAUACUGAGUCAAACGUAGUCUUGUAUUGUAUAGACGGCUUAGAGAUGCUCGAAUACUACUGGUCGUGAAGGGCGAUGCCAAAUAACUUCAAA